CUGCGCUAGUCGACCAUUAUGCUAUACCCGCCUCGCUGCCUUACAAUAUAUUCUAGCCCUUACCUACGACUCUCAAAACCCUAAUUUUCAAAUUUAUCUUCAAGCCCCCGGAGUGCUGAUUUUAUUUUUAUCGGAAACAAUGAGCCGUUCAAGCAGAACCCUCUACGUCGGCAAUCUUCCUGGAGAUGUUCGUGAGAGGGAAGUUGAGGAUCUGUUUUACAAGUAUGGUCCAAUUGUACACAUUGAUCUGAAAAUCCCACCAAGACCUCCUGGUUAUGCAUUUGUUGAGUUUGAAGAGUCUCGUGAUGCUGAAGAUGCUAUUCGUGGUCGUGAUGGCUAUGAGUUUGAUGGAUACCGUUUACGGGUGGAGCUUGCACAUGGUGGGCGUGGACACUCUUCAUCGAUAGAUCGUUUUAGCAACCAUAACAGUGGUAGAGGUCGUGGUGGUGGUGGUGGUGGUGGUGGAGUGUCUAGACGCUCUGAAUAUCGUGUGUUGGUAACAGGAUUGCCCUCUUCUGCUUCAUGGCAAGACCUUAAGGAUCACAUGCGUCGAGCAGGAGAUGUUUGUUUCUCCCAAGUGUUCCGUGAGGGAAGUGGAACAACUGGAAUUGUGGACUAUACCAACUAUGAUGACAUGAAGUAUGCUCUUCGGAAGCUUGAUGAGUCUGAGUUUCGCAAUGCUUUUUCUCGUGGAGUAGUUCGUGUGAAGGAAUAUGAUUCAAGCCGGUCCCGGAGUCAAAGUCGGAGUCGAAGUUAUAGUCGGAGCCGGAGCAGAAGCAGGAGCAAAUCUCCAAAAGCAAAAUCUUCUCGUCGAUCAAGAUCUCGUUCAAGGUCCAUCUCUUCUCGUUCGCGCUCUGGAUCAAAACCGCGCCCUCUUUCAAGGUAUACCUUCUGAUCUUUGUUGUUUUCUCUGUUUUGGUUUGUCUUGGUAUAUGAGUUGGUUGGUGGGUUCCUCUGUUCUAUUGAAGAUUGAUGUGGAAGUAUUCACAUUGUCGUAGAAUCCACAUUUGGUGCUGUCUUUGACUUGAUACCUCUCCAUAUUUAAAUAUUGUCCUGAUGUGCUUAUUAUUGCUAUUUUAAAUAUACCCUCUAACUGCAGUUUGGUUUUUAUUUCAUUUGCUAGUACUGUAAGACUAGCUGUUGUUGUACACUUGUACUUUGUAAAGCUGGGUUUUGGAAUGUCAUAUUCACCUGUUUCUUUCCUCUUGUUGCUUAAGCCAGUUUCACAUCAUAAUGUAUUUAUAUAUGGAUGGAUUGUGAAAAUCUGGAUUUGUGUCUUGUCAUCCUGAUUGAUUUCAUGGUAUUAUAUUCAUGUGGCUGAUAUUGUCUCAUGGAGAUUUUUCUGUUAUCUUGAAACCCAAGUUACCUUUGUGCAUUUGCCUUUUUUGCUUGAGGUGGUUUUAACUUUGGGGAACACUAUUUGCAUUCCCCUUUGCACUUGCAGCACUCCAGCUGCUUUGUGUAAUUUUCAUUGGAAUUGAAGUGUUGCAGUUAUAAAGGGGACUGCAAAUGGCAUGUUCUUUAACUGUUCAUACGGGAGACUGAUGUUUCUUAUAUUUUUAGUAGAUUUUUUGUAAUUUGGUAUUAAAUAUAUGAUAUUAACUUGGAAAUUAAAACAUUCUCACUUGAUCAGUGAAAUUCUCCGUCGUCGUUCUCCAUCUUUUCAGGAGGGCUUAAUUUUUCUUUGAUAACUUGGUCUGCUUUCUGCUGAACUGAUAAGAACUGGGUAAAAAGUAUAGCAGAUAUACUUUUCCUAACACUUUCUUUGGGUACAUUAUUUUUUUAUGUUGCAAUCUUGUGGUCAUACUGGUGGAGUAAGUUUUAUAUUUCUGUGUUGUGUAAUGUUUGUGUGAUAUUCUUGACUUUUGCUAGAAAUUGUAGUAUUAUCUGGGUCAGACUAAAAGCGAACGGACAUCCUUGCACACUUUUGAAUGGUAAAUUCAACAAGUGUUUGUUAUGUGUGUUAUGUUGCAAAUGUUUUGGUUUACAUGGUUUGUCUCUGUGACAGAUGUGGUUAUCAAAAAAUGUGUCCUAUAAUCAAAACUAUAAUGGUUUGUCUGUCUGGCAGAGUUGGUAUUGAGAAACCUGCCAGAUUGUCUUAGUGUCAUAAUUUUAAUUGUUUCUUUCUUAAAUACAAAAUUACCGUGUUUGUUUUUUAGAUAUGGAUAUAUGCGGCGAACUGGGGUUGCAUAUUAGGAUCUUGAUGGGAUAUGGUUCAAAUGCUUACAACUCUUUUGGUUGUGGAGGUAUGAUGUUCUUUAGAUGACAGCUUUGGAAUCCUCCGUGGUUUCUCUGUUCUAAUAGACAUCGCAAAUGUCCAUGGGCGCUAGAAUGAGAACAAAGAAGAUCAUGGACUGUGAUGGUAAAGCUGGACUGUGAACUAAGUGCAAUUGGGAAGGAAUACCUCUUUGCGGUAGAAUAAUUUAACUGUGUCAUUACUUUCCUAUGCUGCCAACCUAGUAAAGCAUGCUCAUUUUGAAUAUGUUUUUCUAAUUAAGGUUUCCAGAUUAAGUUUUUUUAGGUCAUUAAUUAAGAGGAAAAUUUAAUGGUCAGUCUUCUACUUGAGCUGCUAAAUUAUUGUGGUUUUCCUUUUGUCCGUUUCGAUUGUGGUAUCUCUGACGUGGAAGAGGCAUCAAGGCUCUUGGAUCGAAGUUGUUAAGAGGAACGUGUGGAUUUUAAAUUUGGUUAUUUCUGGAACUUUUGCAGAUCUCCAUCAAGAUCCAGAUCUCCGGUACCCUCUCGUCAGAAACGAGUUAGCAAAAGCCCAAAAAGGCACGGUCUGAGUAGGAGCAAGAGCCGGAGCCCAAGCAGGAGCAAGAGCAAGAGUGUAUCCGGGUGAACUAUUGAUCUGUUGAUCCACAUGGCAUGAUAAGUUAUUUUUCUCUCUUGUGGGUUAGCAAAGGCUUGAUACUGUCGCCUUAACUACAUUGGUGGAUUUGUGGGUUUGAAAUUGUCGAACUGUGCAAUAUUUUUAAUUCAUCUUUAAAGAUGCUUGUUGAACUAGAAGCUAGUGUCUGCAAAACUUACACAAUUAUGACUCAUGUUCUCUGGAAGAUUUCCAAAAGGACCCCUUUUUAAGUUGUUGGCGUUGAUUUUAAUUUAUGGGAGCUGUUCUAGCCUGGACUUUUUUAGUGUUGGGCUCUUUUUAUAAAUAGUUUUAUCUUCAAUUUCCUUCUCGGUUGAUAUCCUUUGUACUGUCAAUCUCAUAUCUGACUGGUAUUUCUGUUGCUGUAUUUCAUAUUAGGUUUUUCUAUUGUAGGGUGUCUGUCUUACCUAAUAUCUAGCCUUCUUUUUCGGUG